AUGGAAAACACUCCUCUCAUGGACGACGCGCUAGCGUUCAACUUCGCUGACCGAAUUGCCUCCAAGGGAGCAUAUGGCAGCCUCCCCAUGAACUGGAAGCGUCUGGGCUCCGGGCAUCUAUGUCUGGCGUGCGGCAAGCUGCUCUCAGCACCCAUGUGCUGCAAAUCUUGCGGGCUGGCUUUCUUCUGCGGGCCGCAGUGUGAAACUGCUGCAGCGGCACAGCACAAAGUAGCAUGCAGCGUUGCUAGCAGGUUUGCGCACCAGCAGCUGCCAGAUGAGCGAGACAUUGCCAGCCUGAAGGAGUUUGUUAGGCUGGUGGGACGCCACUGCAACCCUGUAUCACCUAGCCAGAAGUUGGGGCCCAGUAGCUUUGGCAGCAAGGAGGCAUUGCACUUCCUGCACGUACAUCCAGGCAUGCUGCAGCGUGUGGUGGCUGACCACCUCUUUGUCUGCUGCCACCUAUUGAUGCACGAAAGGGUGUGCUGCAAUCCUCACAUCUAUGCGUGGUGCCUCCUGGAUGGCUGCUUGAGGGAGGACAACGUUGACAGGUUCAUGGAGCGCAUUGGCCUGGCCCCAACAGACUCUGCUCAGCCGCUCAGUGAGGAGCAGGCCAGACAGCGGCAGAUGGACUGGCAGCGCUCGGCGGUGCUGCCCCUGCAGGAGAUGUUUGGCCAGGUGGGCAUUGGCCGCUUCUGGGACGCGAAUCCGCGCUUCCCAGACGCCAUGGCCGUUACCGGUCGCGACCUGGACAACAUGGCCUCGCGCCGCAGCUUUGAGUACCGCCGCACGCACUCCCUCGAGCCUCGCCAAGACAUCCUCGCCUUGCGCCGCUGCAAGAGCCGCAGCCUGUAG